AUGGCUUCUGAGGAGUGGAAAGGCUCUAUGUCUGCCAGUUGUAGAUAUGAUAAUAUUGAGCGGAUAUCCAACAAGAUCAUAUCCGAGUGUCCUGAAAAGAAAGACAUUGCCCAACAGGAAGCUUUCAGGAUCGAAAACGAUGCAUUUGACGCCUCCUCGACAAGGGAAGAGUAUGAUGAAGCAUGUAAUGUUUCCUUCCAUCCCGCCUCGGUUCCUCGACAGGAGUCGCCGCCUUCAUUCCUCAUUCCAAACCCAAUUGGUAAAGACGACAACGGCGACUCGAUAGGCGUCCGAAUAGGCCCUUACCAAGGCUGCGUUCCAGUUGGCGAGGGGCUAACAUCCACCGUUUACCGGGCCAACUCGCCGUCAUCUACGCCGCGAGUCGUUCAUGCUCUCAAGGUCAUCCACCCCUACCAAACCUUUGAGCCGCACAACCCCCAGCGCGAGGUCAAGAUCCUGAGAUCCUUGCACCACCCUGCCGCCAUCGCCUUAGUCGACUCCUUCCGGGACCAGGAACAGCGUCUGGUCUUAACAUUUCCUUUCAAGCCCCUUACUCUAGCCGACCUUUUCGAUGCUGGUCCAGUUUCCGUAUCCAGGACCCGCAGUAUCUUUCGGGAUAUAUUAAGUGCCCUAUCUUACAUCCACGCCAGAGGCAUCAUCCACCGCGACAUAAAACCCUCCGCCAUACUCUUAGACACCUUCGACGGGCCUGCCUACCUCUCCGACUUCGGAACAGCCUGGCACCCGGACUUCUCCCCGUCCUCCGAACCCCCAGACUCCAAGAUCCUCGACAUCGGCACCGGACCCUAUCGCCCACCCGAUGCCCUGUUCGGCAACAAAGCCUACUCGACCCAAGCUGACAUGUGGUCCCUCGGCGUCCUCCUCUCGGAAUCUGCCUCGACGAACCCGAUGCACCCUUCGCCCAUUUUCGAAUCUCCGCCCACUCAUGAGGAUGGGAGCCAGCUUGGCCUUAUCCUUAGCAUCUUUCGCACUCUGGGCACGCCUACGCCAGAGACGUGGCCUGAGGCUACGAGGUUUAGGACGACGCCUUUCGGGAUGUGGAGGGUUUUUGAGGCGAGGGAUUCGGAGGUCGUGUUUGAAGGAGUGAAGGAAGAGUUUAAGGGGUUGGUGGCUAGGCUGUUGAGAUUCGAAAGUUCGGAGAGAUUCACUGCCGAGCAGGCGCUUCAACAAAGAUGUAUGCAGCAAGAAUGA